GCACGUCGAAAUUGUUGUAAUAGCUCUGAUUUACAGGGUGGCAGACUGUUCCCAUCAAAAUUGCAUAUUUUUUUUUCACUGAAACGCUUCAUUAACAUCGCAGACCGUAUAAUUAUUAAUAAACAAUUGAAGACGGGCAGCAUCAACAUCAAUUAUCGUACCAACAUUAUAUAUAUCACAUAUGAACUGCUGUAUUAUGUCAAAAGUGCUUUGUAUUUCACUACCAUCUUCCUAGACUACCUAUGAAUAAUUUUUCAAAAGAUUAUGAGAAAAAAAAAUAAAAUUCGAGUUGGUGGUACAAUACAAGAAGUUAAAAUUCAGAGAGAUCUGUUUGGACGUAUGCUGGGAAUAUUCAUGGAUCAUACUAUAGAUAUUUUGAAAAUUUUAUCACAUCCAAUUACCUCAGUGCCUUUGUCCAUGUGCCAUUUGGAUGGUACCAUUUGCAAGACGGAUAAAUCUGCCUUAAUGAAAUGUUUGGAAAAAGAGGUAGAGCAUGAACCACCACGUUAUGUAGAUGUCGUAAUAAUUGAUGGAUUCUUCAUGUUGCAUACGAUGAAAAAUAUUCCAAACACAUUCGGCAGCAGUUCUAAAAAAAAUGUUGCAAAUGGUUACUCAAAUGCGAGCAUCACGAGUUGACGUUAUAUUCGACCAAUACUUUACACCAUCGAUCAAAGAUUACGAACAUACCCAGCGAACUGGAACUGAUCAAAUUCGGCCGAGUAAUUUUCAAAAGAAUUAAAAAAUUCUAACUUUAAAACGGCUCUUGUUGACUUUUUUAUAUCGCAUUGGGCCACUGGACGAAAUGGCGCCAUUUAUUGGUAAUAAAACCAUCCAUAUCAAUUUUAAACAUUGCCAGUCUUUUGUUGUUAAUGGGUACAACAGCGUAGAAUCCAGGAUUGUGGAAGAGUUAUCAUGUCCUCAACAUUAAGAGGAUAAUACUAAAAUAAUAUUUCAUGUCAUCAAUAACUCAGCGCAAGCGAAUAUAGUUAUCAGAAGUAUCGAUACCGAUAUUGCUGCCAUCAUGCUUGGUCAUAUGCACCAUAUACCAAAUGAUUCCCGUGUUUGGAUGCUAACAGGUACUGGAAAUAAUUUAAGGUAUGUAGACCUCACAAAGAUACACACCAAGUUAGGCGACUCCAUUUGCGAAAGCUUACCUGGGUUUCAUGCAAUCACAGGUUGCGAUUAUAACUCAGAUUUUUUUCGAAAAGGAAAAUUAGGACCGUACAAAAUAUUAAUUACUACAGAAAAAUAUCAAAAGGCAUUUAUAAAAUUCGGCGACACUCAAUUAUUUGAAGAUGAUAGUGAAAUACAAAGCACUUUUGACAUAAUACAGCAGUUCAUAUGUGAUAUAUAUAAUGUUGGUACGAUAAUUGAUGUUGAUGCUGCCCGUCUUCAAUUGUUUAUUAAUAAUUAUACGGUCUGCGAUGUUAAUGAAGCGUUUCAGCGAAAAAAAAUAUGCAAUUUUGAUGGGAACAGUCUGCCACCCUGUAAAUCAGAGCUAUUCCAACAAUUUCGACGUGCUAAUUAUAUAUCCAGCAUUUGGAAUAAUGCUCAUAAGAAAAUUCCAUCAAUACAUGAACCAGCAAACAAUGGUUGGGUACAAGUUAACAGCCAAUACAAUUUUAAAUGGUUUGAAGGCGAUCAGUUACCGAAUUUUGUCAGUGAUGCACUGCAAACUAUAUCAGAAACUAACGAAGAAGAUGACACUGACAAUGAGCCAGAAGAUAUAUGGUGCAGCAGUGAUGAAGAGUAUGAAGAAAAUUACGAAAUCAUAUUAAUAAUGAAAGCUAUGAAGAAUGUUUAUAAUUUUAUAUGA